CGUCUAGUCUGAGAUCAGAAGUCAGUAGUACUAGUAAGUAUUCAAGAAACGUAGGUGUUCUGUUUAUCUCUGACAGCAAGUCCUCGAAAACGAAAGUAAUAAAUUUGAAUAGUACAUUUUUAAAAACGAAGGCUGACUGAAGAACAAUAGCAAAUCCGUUUAUGAGCUUGGUUAUAUUCAGCUUAAAAAAAUUGUGGUGAAACAGAUGUUUUUGGAGUAUGAACAGCAAAAUGGUAGUAGACAUUUACCCACCUAGACAACUGUCAUGUCUUCUUUCCUCCUACUGUUGAAAAUGAAUUUCUCCACACCUCCCUCCAAAUCCGCCUAAACCAUGACGUCAGUAGCGGACUGCAAGAAGAUCAGGAAAAAGCUUUCAGUUAUAUUGGGCAACCAGCCAACAAUCCGGCAACCAGUGAAAAAUGAAAAGGUUCAAGUUGUGGUGCGGUGCAGACCGAUGAAUGAGAAAGAAAAAUCCAAAGGACAUUUAAGUGUGGUUAAAGUAUAUCCAACUAGAGGUGUAGUCGAAAUUUAUGACCCCAAAUAUGAGAAACUGGACCAGUGCAAGAUGUUUGCUUUCGACGCUGUAUACGACUGGAACUGUACGCAACAGGAAAUUUACGAUGAGACAGUUCGCCCACUUGUCAAUGCAGUCCUUAAUGGCUUCAAUGGAACAAUAUUUGCGUAUGGACAAACUGGCACUGGUAAAACAUAUACAAUGGAAGGAAACAAGACUGAUGAAAAUGCCAAAGGUAUUAUUCCUAAAACUUUUGACCAGAUAUUUGACCAUAUCUCAAGAUCUCACAACAUGCAGUAUUUAGUAAGAGCUUCGUAUUUGGAGAUAUAUCAAGAUGAAAUAAGAGAUUUGUUGGAUAAAAAUCCCAAAAAGAAAUAUGAACUGAGGGAAAACAAAGAAAUGGGUGUGUACGUGAAAGACGUUCAGUCAUUUGUAUGCAAAAGUGUGAAGCAGAUAGAGAGAAUAAUGGCAGCUGGCAACCAAAACAGAACCAUAGGGGCGACUGACAUGAAUGAAAGAAGUUCUCGCUCCCAUGCAAUCUUCAUCAUAACCGUGGAGAUGAGUGACACUAAGGGGCCACUGGAAAACCGAGUGAGAGUCGGCAAACUCAAUUUGGUGGACUUGGCUGGAAGUGAGCGUCAGAAUAAAACCAAUUCUGAAGGAAAACGGUUAAAAGAAGCCAGCAAGAUCAACUUGUCACUGACAGCUUUGGGAAAUGUAAUAUCUGCUUUGGUAGAUGGCAAGGGCCAACACAUCCCAUACAGAGAUUCAAAACUCACCCGACUGCUCAGAGAUUCUCUUGGUGGUAACUCGAAGACGUUGAUGGUAGCUAACAUCGGACCUGCAAGUUACAACUACGAUGAAAGCCUCAACACUCUUCGCUAUGCCUCCAGGGCAAGAAACAUUAAGAAUGAACCACGGGUAAAUGAAGAUCCUGUUGAUGCUCUGCUCAGAAAAUAUCAAGAAGAAAUAAAGAGACUGAAGACUCAACUGGCAGAGCGAGCUGCAGCACAAAAAGAACAAAGGCACAAAAGUGGCAAGAAGAAGAGGUCAAGUGUGAAAAUGGACGACUCGGUGAUUUCGAAUCUCUCAAGUGACCUGUCCGAUAUAUUGAAAGAUGAAGACAAUAUAUUGUCAGAAGAAAAUGUAUCCAAAAAGAAACUGGCUAACGACAAAAAGAAUGAGUCGGAGGUGGAGAAGGAGUACGUCGAGGAAUUGAUGAAACGCAUUCAGUCAAUGGAAAGCAAAUUAUUGCGAGGAUCUACUAACAUUCUGGACCACACCCAUGAGCAACAGAAGGCGCUGGAGGCAAGGGCCAUUGAGAUCAGAGAGCGAAAGCAAAGAGAACAAGAAAUACAGCAGAUGUUGGAAAUGCAAGAAGAGACUGCAGUUGAGAUCAAAGAAGAAUACUCAAACCUACAGCAGGAGGUAGAAAUGAAAUCAAAGAAACUCAAGAAAAUGUACCACAAGCUACAAAAUAUUCAACAAGAAAUCUUCGAUGUCACUGAAGAGUUUAAUACGGACAGGCGGGAAUUGGAAAUGACUCAAAAUGAAUUACUCAAAGAUCUGAAACUCAGACUGGUAAUAAUUGAAAACUUCAUUCCACAUGAAGAAAGGAGGCGGAUUUUAUCCAGACUGUUUUUCGAUGAGGGGUUGGAUGCUUGGAAGAUAAUGCCGGAGUCUGAACCGGCACAGGUCCUGGCUAAACCUCAGUGCGUCGACUACAUGCGCAAGCCUGUCACUCUCUACACGGUGUUCACUCGAAGAAAAGUUAACCACAUGUAUCGCAACGAUCGCUCUGAAGAGAACAGAGAGAAGACGUUCAGGUUUAAGGGAGAAGACAUUUUGGAGCUGGAACUGGUUGGUCCACUGCGAACCACCAGAGACUACGAGAGCCCCAAGAUGUCCCCUGUGCUCAAGUCUAUAUUUGAAGCAGCUCUGCAAGUGGAAGAAGACAUUGAUGUCGAUGCGGCCAAUCCUUCUUUCAGAAUCAACUCUGCUAGGACAAGACCCAUGUCUCGCUCUGGAUUGGUUCCACCCCCUUCCCGACAGCUCUCCAAACCUUACAAGGGUAUCGCUACACACACCGCCCCAGCUCCGGUAUAUCCUAAGGCUCGGGGUUGGGUCCCCAAAUAACACAUUGUUCACAUUUCAACUCACCUAAUAUGUUGCAUUUCUAGUGUUUUCGUUCUAGUCACUUAGGUCUAAGUUUAAAUUUAAAUUAUGCAAUUUGUAUAAUUUAUUUCUCUUUUAUUCCUUUGAGACUUCUUUUGUUACGGUUGCUCUCUACAUACCCAGUGUAAUACCAGAGCCAAAGAUCUAUUUAUUCCUAAUGGUUUUUGUAAUGCUUGAACAUCAUUCCUUUUUCCUUCAAGCUGAGGAGCUCUCUUAAGCCAGUACGGUACCAGAGAGUCGGUUAUUCAUUGUUAUGUGGUUGUUUCGAUAUGUGCUUCAAGUUACAUAUUUUACAUCAUAUUUACCAUAUUUUAUCCCUAAUUAUAUGAUUCCUAAUAUUAUUCAACUCAGUACGUUAAAACUUAUGUGAUAGUUCAAGUGAAUGUUGUAAAUACACUCAUUUGCUUUUUCAAUUCACUGUUUACUUAAGUUGUAGGGUUUGUUACAAUAACAUUGGUUGUACACUUAUGACCUUUUUAUUAAUAUUUACUAUUUGCUUUAUACUAAAUUUACCUUUUUUUAUUGUUUCAACUCAAAGAACUGAUAUGAGAAAGUCUUUUGUUACCAGUUCAGAUACUUGUGAGUUACCAUUAUUUUUUUUUGUUUUUGUAGGCACAUACAUCCUAGUUAGAGAAAAUUGUUUUUAUAUAAUUGUUGUAGUAUUUGUUUUGUUACAUUUGUAACUUUAGUUAAAAGAAUAACAUGCCUGUGGUCAAUUGUUUUUUUGUAUUUUUUGUGUCAUUAGCAUUCCAUGGUAUAUUUUGAAUGCCAGAGUAAUCUUGAUUUUAAACUUUUAUAAGGAAUGUUAACAAGUAUUUUAUUAAGUUUGAUUAUUCACUAUUGAAUGUAUGGUUAUUUUUGAAUUAAUUUGAUGUUUACAUUCCACGGUGUAUGCCUUAUGCCAUUGAAAUUUUAUUUUAAGAUUUCACAAGGUUUUUAAGACUAUUAAGUUUGCUAAAUCAAAAUUAUAAAUUAUGACACAAUUAAACUUUUGUACUUAUACUG